CCGAUGCCGUGCGGCGGUAGGGUGGGAGCUGCUGCUGGCCCCUCGGUGCUGUUCGCGGUGCGGCUGGGGGUCGGGCCGAGGGGACAUGGUGGCUUUACGCUGCACCUGGAACGGCCAGAGACAGGGUCACCUACUCUGGAGAGCCCACUGGGGUGGCAGGCUCCAUCGGCUGCCCUUCGACGCCCGCCGGCCUCCUCGCGAAAACCUGGUGGUCCCCACAAGAAAUGGCCUUUGCAGACAGAAGUAUAAACCUGUUGACUACAAACAUCUAUACGAGCUUGCUGCAGCAGAAAAAAUGGCAUCUGCAGAAAUUCAGCUGAAGCUUAAAAAAACAAAACGAGUUUCAAAAAUGAACAAAGAGCAAUUGCUGCUGAAACAGCACCAGCAAGUGUGGUGGCAAGAGCAUAAAAGACUGAGUGAGAGCAGGCGAAAAGCAGAAGCAGAAAUAAAGACAUUUCUUGAAGAAGAAAACCAUAAGCACAAUUUCUUUGUGGAUAUGAGAGACUUGGAGCAUCAUUUAUCAAAGGAGCAGGAUGCAUUUCGAAGAGAUACUGUAGCUCCUAUCUGGCAGCUGAGAGAGCAUUUGAAAUCCAGGCUGUCUGAAAUGCUGUCUGGUCUGAAAGCUAAGAUCAAUCCAGCUGAGAUGUUACAGCAGAUCCAAUUUGUGAAGCAGCAACAGAAAGCAGUCUUGGAAUUCCUUACCCAUGAAAGCCUGGCUUUGGAAAGAGAGCUAGAGGACUGUAAAACAAAUGCAUUAGCACACUGUUGUGAAGAGAUAAGUGGAGUUUUCCUUGAAGUUCCUUCAGCACUUCAGUCUUUGGAAUGCCCCUACCCUGAUCUGAAGACCUUCCUUAUCAGUGAAUACCGAAAGCUUGCAAGCAGCUUCUGGUCUAAGCUCCAGGAGAUUGAUCAGCAGUUGGAAGUUUUACAUAGGAACAUUGACUGGAAGGAAGAGGACCAGUGGAUUUUUCAGACUGUCAUCAGUCAGUAUCCAAGUGAUCUCUCAAGGAGGAGGACUUUGUACCUGGAUGCGCUGCAGCGGCACCUUCCUCACAAAUCUCGGCGUGACCUGGUUGCUCAUGAGAAGGCCUGGGAUCGUUGCCGCUUUGCCAGGAGCCGGCGCAGAGCCAUGGCGCUGGGCUGGGCUCAGGCCAGGGAGGCCUUUCUGCUGCGGGCAGUGGCGACUGCUGCCGAAGCCUCUGCUGCCCAGGAGGCAGAAGUGCUGCUGGCCCACACCAGGCAAAAGCAGCAGCAGCUUUGUGCUGAGCUGAAAGCAAAGGUUGUGCAGUGGAGAGCGCAGCAGGAAGAGGCUGCUGAGUUGGAAGCUGCUGUGGCUGCCAGAAGAAAAGAAAAGGAGGAUGAGAAAGAAAGGCUGCAGAAGGAGCAGGAGAGGCUUCGCAGAGCUGAGGAGAGCCAGAAAGUGAGAAAGUACAGGGCUGAGAAACAGCUCAGGUGUCAGGAACAGGAGGAGAAAGACCUUCAACGUCUGGAGGAAUUAAGGAAAUUAAUGGCUGAACAAGCAAUUAAAGACAGAGAAAGGGUGAAGUUCAGACAGGCAUUGCUGGAGAAGAGACUGCUGGAGAAGAAGGAACUGGCCCUUCAAGCAGCACGUAAGGAGGAGGAGAAGGAGAAAUGCCUCGAGGCACUCCGACAGCAGCAUUAGCCUACAGCUGAAUAUCUGAACACCCCAAAGAAUGAUGUUCCUUGUACUGCUCCUGGCUCUGUGAGGGCUGUGAACUGCUGGUCUGAACACCACGCUUUCCAUCAGCAAAACAAGUGUGGGCUUCCAGGAACUGUGGAUUCUGCUAGAGAUGAGUGUGCUGGGACUUCUUGGUUUCUGGUUUUGAAGGACAGAGCUGGUGUGAGACUCUGAUGGAGAGCCCAGGGUGCUGCUGGCUCUCUCAGCAUCCUUGCUGAGCCAGGGCUGUUCACUGUGAUUGCACUGCAAAAUCAGAGGUGCAUGCAGUUGGGGAGGGCUGGGCUCUGGCUGCAUGAAGCUGAAUUUCCUAUUGGGGAUGUGAUGAGGCAGCAAAAUCACAGAAAGUUAGGGCUUGGAAGGGACCUCCAGAGCUAUCUCUGCCAAAGUAGCCAACCUGUCUCCAGAAGAAGAAAAGAACAGUGGCACAAGUCUCUCCAGCAGGAACACUGCAGGUUGCACAGGAACUUAGGCAGGUUCUGGAAGCAUCCAGAGAAGGAGAGUCUGCAACCUCUCUGAGCAGCCUGUUCCAGUGCUCUGGCACCUUCACCUUGAAAUGUCAGCUUGUGUUGAGGUGGAAAUUGCUGUGUUCUGUCUUACACCCAUUGUUCCUUCUUGUAUCACUGGCACCACUGAAAAGAGGCUGGCACCUUCAUCCUGACACCCCUCCAAUAGAUAUAUAGAUGUUGAUAAAAUCCCCUCUCAGUCUUCUCUUCUCAAGACAGAACAGCCCCAGGUCACUCACUCUCUUCAUGGAAACACUUCCCAGCUUUCAAGUUCAUGUUGUCAAGGACUGGCAGUUGGCAGUCCUGACAUGCAGGUUGCUUUGUGCUGAGCCUGCCCACAUGGCAGCCAGUCCUCCCCUUGGCAGCAGCUCUGGGCACACACACUGCUCUGUGCAGUCCAGACUAAUUCAGUUGUCUCCACUGGGAAACAAAAAAGUUCUCCCUGAUGACUGAUCUCUCUCUGAGUGGUUUUGCUUUGGAUUCAAGCUCUAAGCUUCACAGCUUUGAUACAUGGAUACAAAGUGGUUUAAGACAAGCUAGGGAAUGUUUAAACCAGAGAAACAAACUUGCUCUCUUAAUUAUUGGUGCUGCUAAGCUUUUCUCACCUUAGCUCUGUGCAGAGUAAUUGUUAUUUUCAUCUGUAAUGUC